UUGGCUUUCAGCUCGGAGGAGGCUCAGGUGCAAUUUUCUUCAGUCAUCCCAAAUCUGGCUUCAUCCAAUACCAGCCGCCUCCACCAUGCCGCCGAAGUUCAACUCCAAUGAAAUCAAAGUCGUAUACCUGAGGUGCACUGGUGGGGAAGUAGGUGCCACGUCUGCCCUGGCCCCCAAGAUCGGCCCCCUGGGCCUGUCUCCAAAAACGGUUGGUGAUGACAUUGCCAAAGCGACUGGUGAUUGGAAGGGUCUGAGGACUACAGUGAAACUGACCAUUCAGAACAGACAGGCCCAGAUUGAGGUAGUGCCUUCUGCCUCUGCCCUGAUCAUCAAAGCCCUCAAAGAACCACCAAGAGGCAGAAAGAAGCAAAAAUAAAUA